CAGGAUUGCAAAUGACUGCACCACAGCACUGGGCUUUUUGCCAUUACUCUUGUGACUCGCUGCCUGCAUCUGACUUCACAUCCACCAGCAAAUCUACCUUUUUUCCCGCGCUAUCAAACUACUCCAAGUCCACAGCUGGGUUCUUUUGAUCGAUCUAGAACCAGCACUGGUGGCCAAACAGUAACACUCGAGAAAACACUUCGGAAAUCAUACAGAACCCGCCAACCACCUCCUCCAGGUCGUUCGCUUUUCACCACCACUACACCUCCCGUUGCCUCUCAACAACCCGCCCUCUAAUCCGGCGUAACCUCUACAUUGUCGACUCUCCCCCUGCCUUCCAGUGAACCAAGAACCCAGACGGUCACAAAGCAGAAGACGACCCAGCGCAACCUAAACAAACCCAACCAUGGCUGUGCGAGCGCAAUUUGAAAACUCGAACGAAGUCGGCGUCUUCGCCAACCUGACCAACAGCUACUGUCUGGUGGCGAUUGGGGCGUCGGAGAACUUCUACUCGAUCUUUGAAUCCGAAUUGGCAGACUUGAUCCCGAUUGUGCACUGCACGAUUGCGGGCACACGCAUUAUCGGCCGGUUGACGACGGGCAAUAAGAACGGCCUUCUGGUCCCGACCUCGACGACCGACCAGGAGCUGCAACAUCUGCGCAACAGUUUGCCGGACAAUGUCAAGAUUCAGAGAAUAGAAGAACGGCUUUCAGCUCUGGGUAACUGCAUCGCGGCCAACGACCACGUGGCGCUCGUGCACCCGGACAUUGAACGAGAAACGGAGGAAAUCAUCGCAGACACUCUAGGCGUCGAAGUGUUUCGACAGACCAUUGCCGGCAACGUGCUGACGGGGUCGUACAUGUCUCUGUCGAACCAGGGUGGCAUUGUCCAUCCCAAGACCAGCAUCCAAGACCAGGACGAAUUGAGUUCUCUGCUGCAGGUGCCCUUGGUCGCCGGAUCCGUCAAUCGAGGAAGCCCCGUCGUCGGUGCCGGUAUGGUAGUCAACGACUGGCUGGCCGUGACGGGGAUGGACACCACCGCCACUGAGCUGAGCGUCAUCGAGAGCGUCUUCCGACUCGGCGAAGGUGCCGGCCCCGGUGGUCUCGAUGCCCGCAUGAACGCCAACAAGGAGAGUAUCGUCGAAAGCUUCUACUGAGCACUGGUAGAAACCAUCCAAAAGCCGAGAGCAAAACCGAAAGGAGCAUCGCUUUCUUAUUACCCAUCAUUAUCGUCAUGUGCGGCCAUGAUUUACGACCUUCUGCCUGCGCCGUGAUGACUGACGCUGUGCACUAAAACGGCCAUUAUCCCUUCCAGCUCAUCAACUGCUCCCCCUGGAAAGAACUGGAUGCUCUACCCAAGACGACAAAGACCUACACAGUCAUAUUUACGGGAUCCCCGAAUACCGCCCUUGACGUUUUCACAGAGGGAAAGCCGACCAAUGCCACCUUUGUCUCUCGCAGCGCAGUGGCGGCGCUUUGCCUUUUUCAACAUCGCUUGUCAACGGAGCGGACUCAACAUUAUCCUUGUCACGCCGCCCCCGCAGGCCCUGUCUUCGUGCUCUUUUCUGUACAGUUUCGGUUUCGAUCGUCCGGCAGCAGGUAGCAUUGCAUUGGACUGCAUCUGCAUUUCGCUGCUUUAGUCUGCAGAUGGAAGGAGAAAGGAAUGAGCAUGAUAAUGCAGCUGCUGGGUGCAUGAGAGCAUAACACCGCGGAGAUGUCUGACAGGUCCACGUUUGUUUUUCAUCCAUUGCAUACUUGAACAGGAUCGUGGCGAGCGUAGCAUGCGUGGUUUGAUUGAGCCUGCAGUGGCUAUCUUUCCGGCCUGAUCUGCUGCAUGACCAUACUUGACUUGACCUGGCAUGAUCCCUGAGGAAACAGAGUUCUUCUAACUACCUAGGUACCUGUAUCCGGUAUUGGCCAGGUAAAAGGUGGACCAACAGAUAGACACCGUAGCUAGACAGUUUCGCCCGAGACCUCCUCCUGGGUAGGAAAGAAAAGCAAGCUGAGGGACAAAAAUGAAUCUUCAUUUCUGCCAUUCCUGUUCAGAUCAAGAUCCCUUCCUGCCAGUGUGCCAUACUAGCAGUGCCCAUACCAAGCUAUGGAUUGUAUGUACUAUCCAAAUGGUUUCGAAACUGAAGUGGUGCAGGUAGAACUCGCUCGAGACGCCUCAAGCAGGCACUGCAUUGCAGAAGAGAUAGGACGAAUAUGCAUUUCUGGACUCAGACUCGAAUGACUGGCAGUU